AUGUUUGCGGCAUGGGGCGGGGCCCACCUACCAUGGCUGCUCGCGCAGCUUGUGACUUCAGCCUUGGGUGACUGUGUGUUCAGACGCGACUCGCUACGCCAGUCAGUCGUUGUGCAGAGCGUCAAUUUCGAUGGUGCAUACAGCUUGAACUUGCGUGAAGGUCUCGACUGCCUCGGAGAGAUCGUCGCGCCUCAUGGGGCCGUCAACCAGUCUUUGCAUGCAAUUGCAGACUUUUACGAGCAGUUCUAUGCAUUCCGAUACAUUUGUGCAGACCCAGCAGCUUCGGAGCAGAAACAGGCCCCGCCUUUCAACUACGGAGUCUAUGGCACAUCACGAGGGGGUGGAGCCUCAGCAGAGGCUGCUCGUGUAGAUCUCGUUGGUGAGCUUCGAGCACUGGCAGCCUCACUCCCGAGCAGACCCGGCUUGACUGACUGGUACCUGCCCGCCAACACCAUCUUCGCGAGGCUUCGUGAUUCCCACGUGGACUGGCGAAAUGGUGCCACCAAGGUUGACUCCUUGCUCAACCAGUUCAUCUUUAUGUUGCAAGAUGAUCGCUCCCAGAAGGCCGUGCGCCUCCAGGUAGCGGCCAAAGAUGCAGUAGUGGUCAACGGCUUCGCAGCAGCCAGGUUUACAUCUGAAGGCAACGAGCUUGUUACCAUUGGUGGGCUGGAACCCAUGAGGUGGUUCCAGCUACAUGUGCUUGAAAACCCGGCUUUCAACUAUGGCUUCAAGAGCCUUGGCCCUCGCGCAAAUCAGUUCUUGAAGCUGGCACGCAUAGGUCUUGCAUGGUUGGCCAGCAACAUCGGUGAUGUGUCUUCGAUGAAGCAGUCGGUGAACGUGACGUUCGUGGAUGGUUCAACUUCGACCUGGAGUUGGACCUGGCUGCUGCUGACGAGGAAUUUGGCAUCGUGCAAGCUCUUCGAUGCCGAGUGUGCGAUGGAUUUCUUCAAGGCGCACUUGACUGAAUCGAGCGACUUGUUCGAGCACGCGGCAGAGGCAGCUAUGCAGCUGUCGUCGAGAGAUGUGGACAUGCACCAGUCCAAGAACGUUGCCAAAGACUUGGCAGAUGCUGAUAUGGUCGAAUUUCUCAGAAAGGACGCUGGCCUGCGCUCACUGUUGCGGAUCCAUGAAGAGAACAUCCCUGGUACUGAGGCACAUCGGCGAGCCCUUUCCCAUCUGGGCUUCAGGGAGCGUGCUGGUCAGCCAGUUGCCUUGUUGGCUUUGCCUCCGCGGCGCUGGUUUUUGAACCCCGCUGCAAGCCCCCUUGGGGCCUCCUAUGGCUACUUUGAGUUUCAACAAGAUGAAGGAGGCCAAGUCUUCGCUGUGAUGAAGCUUAGCCGGCUUUAUGUCAGCUCCACUGGGUCCGUCGGCUACGACGCCAAGACGGAGUUUGUUAGCUUCUGGAAGGAGCUCGUGUAUAGUGCACGCGAAAGGCAUGUGAGCCGUUUGCUGAUUGAUGUCUCCGGAAAUGCCGGUGGUUACGUGGAUCUGGCGUAUUUACUCGUAAGGGCUCUCUAUCCUACUUUGGAGUUCGCUCAGUUGUGCAACUCGUAUGAUAGGCCUGUUGGGUCGCUUUAUGAGGCUUGGCAGAAAGUCAAUAACACCCCUCUGGCGUCCUUUCUGGACAACGACGUGGCCAUCCAGAAGCGAUUGAAGGAGAUGACGCCAGCUGAGCAGACCUCGAUGAAGACUGUUCUGCAAAAGAUCACAAAGGCUUGUAUGGAGAUGGAUGUCUUGGACAUGGAUGAUGUGAUGCAAAUCCAGUCUGCCAUCGAUUCCUUGGACACGGGAGAAUUGGACGAAGAGAGCUUGCAAGGGACGCUCGAGGUCCUCAGCUCGUCGGCCGAGAGUUUUGGGAAUCCGUUUUCGUUGUACCUCUAUGGUUACGCUGUCAACGGCACUCCUUUCGAUCCCUUCAAGUCCUUGCGCUCGGUUCAGCGGGGUGGCAAGCCUGAUGUCAAGCUGACCGAGUUCUUUCGCAUUGAGGAUUGUGUUAUGGCAUAUACGCAGCAGUUUGUUGAUGCAUUCGAAGGGGUUCAACAUCCGUUCACCAAUGUGCUCUUCGUUUCUGAUGGGCUUUGUGGAUCAUCGUGCGACACCUUCUCCCGCACUGCAUAUAUGAUCUCAAAACAGAAGGAGCACCGGCACGAAGCCACCAUGCAGAUCAAUUUCGUAACGUUUGGGGGAUUGGGUGAGUCUUUGGAUAAUGCCCGCCGCACGCUGUCAGCGACGUCCUUUCCGGGUGGCAAUUUAAUGACGUCCGCCAUGGCACAAGUCUACAAUCCCAUCUAUUCCGCUGCUGCUUUAGGGUACCUUGCUGCCGAAUGGGCGGGCUUGGGUACGAUGAAGAGCCAGCUCGCCCACUUUCGCACCUUCGUGCCUCAAUACCCAUUUUAUUGGAACAAUUUGCCGCAAUACCCUCAGAGUGAGAUGUACCAAAAUUCACUGGGUGACCAGGCCUUGCCCGCCGAGUUCUAUUUCUUUCCAACCGAUAUUUACCUGCCGGAGUGGUAUGCAAAUGUAGUGGGUGAGCCACAUGAGUGGAACGAGACUGAGCUGAGACGUCUCCAUCUGGACGCAGCUAAAGCAUUUCAAGCUGUGGCGGAAGUGAGGCCCGCAGCUUCAGCAACUCCUCGAGAUCUGGUGGGAGAGCGGCUAUCAUUUCUGGCGGCGACGACACGAACGGAUGUUUCCUGGCCGGUGUGGCUGGUUUGUGUUGGGGCCCUGGCAUCAGGGGGCUUUCUCCUGGCGGUGCUGAGCUCGAGGAAUUUGGCACGGGAACUGUCUGAUGACCUGAAUGAGCACAUGGUCCCUGUUGAAGUCCAGAAGGUCAAGGCGCAUCAGGAAGACAUGUUGAGGGAAGUCCAUGAUCUCAGCCGGACCACUUCCAUGCUCGCCAAGCAUGAGAUCCCCGAAAACGAGACCGACAAGCUGCGAGCUGAACUGUCGGCGGUUGAAGAGGUUGGCGAUGCUUGUCGCAGUUUGAGUGGAACUCGAAACUUGCUGAAAGACUGGGAGGCAAAGGAAAAGGACUCCGCAGGGCAGUCUCGAUGCACUUACUUCACUGUCUUCACUGUCUUCACUGUCCUCACCAACGCAACUCAGCGCCAGGAGAAAGCCAAGGAGCGAGAGCAGGUGAAGAAGGCUUUCGUAGUUCAGUUCGUCUACCGUUGCGCUUCCACGCUCGUGAGGGAGCCUGCCUCCGUAAAAUGCGGUGUGCCUGGGCAAAAGCACCGCCAGUAUGUGCAGCUCGAAGCAUCCGAUUUCGGUUACACAGAGGACAGAGCUGGAAGCGGGCCGAAUGCGAAAGAGGCCUCGGCUGUGGGUGCGGCGUGUAGGGACCCGGUGGUCGUUCCUGGACAACUCGAGUUGGAUUCCUCUUUUGAGGGCCUCCUUGAGGUGUUCUGGGAGCCCCGGACCCUGGACGUUGCACUCUUAGCUGUGGGCUCUUACUUGUGGGCCUUGAGCAUCUGCUGUGGUCGGCGAUCCGUCAGGGCAGCCCCAGAGCAGGCCAUCACGAACCUGGCGGGUGUCUACGCGUGGGCUGGAGUUACGGGCGGUCUAGAGGCCUCCUUAAAAGAUGCCCUUGGAGACCCAGUUAGGGUGAGAGAGGUGGCCUUGAUCCCGAGACCUGCCUGGGAUACGGCGGUCACAGGAUUGAAGGUCAGGGGCACACCUGCUGCAGAUGGCACGCCUGGCCCUCUUCGCGACCUCACCUUGGUGGAAGCAGCAAGGGUUGAGUCCACGCGUCGGGUGGCCCUUCUCCUCAUGGGGCAGCAGCCCGACUCACCAGGAACUGCUGGGCCACCUGUGGUUGUCCCGGCCCCGGGCCCUGGGACAGCAACCACGGCAGCCCUAGUCGGAGCUAGGAAGCUCAAGCUCUCGGCAGUCCUGGACCCCACCCUGGACGCAGAGGUUUCCCCGUUGGCCAACACGGAGGUCCAGAAGCUGUACGCUGACUAUAAGGUUAAGUAUGGGGAUUUUCCUUCGCCGGAGGCUGAUCCCUCUGCCGACCAGCUUGCCUCCAUCAAGCAGGUGGUGGCUUCGGGAUCAGCCCCCUACGCGGACUUCAGCCUCUUCGGACCUCAUGGACUGAGGCUGCUGAGGAAACAAACGUUCACAUCGUACCAGCUAAAUGCGGCGACGGGCGAGUGGACGAAGAGAGAGCAACCUGGCCCGGCGUCCUACCACAACUGGAUGGAGGCUUGGAAGGUGCUCCGAACUUCGCUCCUCCUGCUCGAAGUUGCAGAUGCUGAACGGUUGGACGCCUAUGCCGAACACGUCCGCAGCUUCGUCACACAGUUCGGUGACAGUGCAUGGUGGCUGGUGUAUCGGGCUGAAAACAGGCUAAGGUGCGAGCAUAUGGAACGCCUCCGCCGCAUCCUCCACGACAAGCCAGAGUACGGGUACACCCAGGCCAGGCCGUGGAAUGCGGCGUUUGCUGCGGCUGUGAGGGACUCAGAGUUCUGGACACGUGAGCUGGUCACUCCUGCCACGCUUUGGCUUUCGCAACAGAGUUCAGGCCUGGGCUCAGGAGGGGGCGCUAAAAGGCCACAGCAGGACGGUGGUGACGACGGCCCUCUUCGCAAAAAGCAGAAGACCAAGAAGAAGAAGUACGAGGGGGAGGAUCUCAGCGAGAAGAAGGGUAACGUCUAUGUCCUCAACAGGCGUGGGGCCCGGAUCUGCGACGGGUACAACCGGGGCAGGUGUGGCAACAAGAAGCCUCAGGGUGUCUGCGACAAGUGCAGUCAAGCCACCAACUCCGCCCCGGCCGAAGAAGAGGAAGCAAGUGCUGCCAGAGCCGACCACAUCCACCUCUUCGCCAAAGCCCGGGCCCAAGCCGACGGUUCCUGGACCAGCUGGUCCGGCCGAGGCUGCCAGGUUCUGACCGAAAGGACCCACGACGUCCUCACAGCCGCUUGGGAUCAACACCGCACCUGGGGACUUGAGAACCCUGCGGCCGACGGUGACAACCCGUCCUUGUGGGAAGCCCCGUUGAUAAGGCGGCUGGCUCAGCUCGACAGAGUGGUCACGGUAAACUUCGAUCGCUGUCGACUGGGCCACGCUACUCGGGGGCCAACUCAACUUCUGGUCGCGGACCACGUGAACUUUCUGGACCUCCAUGGCUUGACUUGCAACCAUUCAGUCAACGCCCACAAGGAGAAAGCGUCCCCAACCAAGCAGCGAGGUGAGUACACACCUCACCUCUCACAGGUCGUGGCCAAUGCGCUUUACCAAGGAUACCGGCUCCAAUCCCUGGAAAAGGACUACCCUGUCGAUCUCCUCGAAAAGACAAGGUCGGCCGUCCUUACAGCGCUCGGGGCCACAGACAGUGUCAGGCAUCGAACCCGCACGGCGCCUGCCAACACACCCAUUCAGGCCUCAGUCAUAGAAGCCUGGGGCCACGCAAGCGACGACCCAGACUCCACUACGCUCGCAAGCUGGCUUGACCAUGGUGCUCCGCUGGGGAUCAGCGAACCCAUUGGCACUACCGGGGUUUUCCCGGCAACCGAGGCCAAAGGUCUGGUUCCGCAUAGUCAAGUGGAUCGUCGGGCCCUGGAAGGAUGGAGCAACUACGCCUCGGCCGAGGAGGAGGCCGCUUCCAAGCAGUUGGGUGACGAACCUGUCCUUAACAAGCUUGGCGUCCUCGUCAAGAACAAGCGGGACGCGCAAGGCCGGGAAGUGAAGAAGGCCAGGGUGAUAUGGGACUUGAAGGAGUCAAGCGUCAACAAGGCCUGCAACCAGGGGGAGCGGAUCAUCUUACCACGUCUACUCGACGUCGUGGCCUCGCUUCUGGCAGCUUACAAGCGCGGCCGCAGUCCCUACCUGGCCGGCGUCGACGUACGGGACGCCUUCAUGAACAUACCAGCAGGCAAGGACAGGAAGUUCACCGUGGCAGCGGUGCCGAGAAGGCGAAACAAGAGAGCCGGCCACGACCUCGUCGUCUUCAACACCCUCGUCUUCGGCUCAGCUUCCUCGCCAACAUUAUGGGGCCGGAUGGCAGCUUGGCUUGGUCGCACCACAGCCGCUGUGUCCUUGGCCGAUCCCCAGAUCUAUGUAGACGACCCGGUGUAUACCUUGGAGGGCCCCGACCUCGUGACCGCCGCCACGGACUUGGCCGUAGUUCUCCUAUGGACCGCCGUCGCUGGCUUCCCCGUCAAGCUCUCAAAAGCCACCGGGGGCAAGCGCAUCGAGUGGGUCGGCGCAAGCAUAUUGUGCAGGGACGAGGAGAAGGCCGUCGUGGUGACCAUACCCAAGGCCAAGGUCGCGCAACUCCUGGCGGAGACCGAGAAGCACUUAGGUAGGGCCGUGAUUGGAGCUAAGGAACUUCGAUCAUAUGCCGGGGCACUCUCAUUUGUGGCUGGUCUGGUGCCACACCUUCGGCCGUUCCUGGCGACGUUCUGGGCAGCCCUUUCGAAGCAUGAUAUCACGAGUGAUGGUUCACCUUACACUCGAACCAGAAAGUUGAUUCAUGUUAGAAGGGUCAGCCCGGCACUUCGUUGGGUAAAGGCGUUGCUGUCUGGCACCGAGACACUCGAGAGGAUCUUCUACGCCAACCCGCCGGCCACUGACUUGGAGCUGGUGACAGAUGCCUCGCCAUGGGGCAUCGGUGGAGUGUGCCGACGAAAUGGAGAGCCGCUGGCAUACUUCCACAGCCAUCUCCCGGACGACAUCCUCGCCAAAUUUUCAGCGGAAAGGGGGGUGUCAAGCUACAACGCCCUAUGGGAAGGCCUCGCCCUUUUGGUAGCUUUCAGACUGUGGUUACCGGCACUCACCCACGGCUCGGUGUUUCGGGCGAAGUCGGACAACCUAGGCUUCCUGAUGGCGUUGUCCAAGGGAAGCGCUAAGUCACCGGCCCUGAACGUGCUGGCGCGGGAGUUUGCUUUUGACCAGGCCACCCGAUGCUACCAAAUAAGGGGGCUGGUCCACAUCGCGGGUGUGUCCAAUGUACAGGCGGACGCACUCUCGAGGUUGAGCGCUCCGGAACGAAAGCCAUUCCCGUCGGAGCUGCUAGCCACCCCUCGCUGUGAGGCGAAGCUGGGCGAGCCGGCGUCCUACACGAAGGUCCUGCUCUCGGGCGGCCUGUGGAAGAUGUCAGGCAGCCGGUCGGUUACAUCCGUAGGCCCGGUAGAGUCAAGGCUCAAACUUUGGUGCGAUGUUUCAAAGCGAGCCAGACUCGAACCAUUUCGGCUCACGCCUGAUGGCAUAUAUUCCGUUAUGGGCGCCUUUAAAGCCGCCGGGUACCGGUCUGCAAUGCAGUAUCUGGAUCUUGCGAAGCAGGAACACAUCCAUCGGGGGCACGCCUGGAGCGAACAGCUGGCGCUCGCGUAUCGAGUGUGUUCCCGUUCGUGCAAGCGCGCCCUGGGGCCGUCCAAACAGGCCUCGGCGCUUCCAAUGGACAAAGUCCCGACCGUUGCUUGGGACGAGGCUAUGGUCACCAACGGUCCCCGCGACCCAGUGACAGCCACCAUUGUAGCAUCGUGGUGGCUCCUUCGCGAAAUCGAGGCCUCACAUGCCCGAAUCCAGCAUCUUACUUUCGACCAUGAGUCCAAGACGGUAGCCUGGCUCUUGCCUUCGUCUAAAACAGACGUCGCGGCUUUGGGGGCGACUCGAAAGCACGCAUGUUCCUGUGAAGUGCUGAGUCCCCAGCUCUGCCCUUACCAUUCCGUUCUUCGUUUGAUGGGCAGCCGCGGUCCCUUGGAGCCCGUUUUCGUUGACAUCAACGGGGCGCCGCCCUCGAAGGCGGGCUGGGCUGACACCUUUCAGGCCAUCGCGCGCGCUCUUGGCAUCCCCGUUUGCUUGGCCAAUGGCGCCCGAGCCUUCACCGGUCAUUCGGCACGUGCCACGGGGGCACAGUACCUGGCCGCUCGAGGGGUCGAGCUUUGGAGAAUCCAAAUUUUCGGGCGGUGGGACUCAGAUGUCAUCCUCAGAUACGUCAGAGAAGCUCCACUGUCGCAGCUGUCAGAGCUGGCAAUCGAAGCGGGCCACAAGGACUCACUUGCCAGAGCACGUCGUGAGCUGGAGGCACUUCUCCGGAAGGCUAGACCUUCCUUAGCUAUCCCGGAUGCCGACUGGUGCGAUGAGCUGAUUGGAACAGAAGCGCCGCCGCCGCCAUCUGUGCCCCAUGACAGCUCCGAAAGGCUCAUUUUGAAUCUCUCACCUGGAGGAAAGAUACAUCGGUGCCGAACCGACCUCUCGGAGGUGCCAGAGAUGUUUUCCCUCGGCGCGUCGGACAAACUCGUCUGCGAGUUCCGCGUCGGGGUCUUCAGAGUCAUCGUACUCGUCGUCCUCGGAGAGUUCCUGAGUUUGCGCCCUGACCGCCACAGCAGGAUGGGAGUCGUGGGUGUGAUCCCGGCCCUCUUGAGUUUUCGGAUCAUCUCCGAUCCGAUUAGCAAGAAGAGAUCACACCCGAAGUUUUACCCACCCACCCGCUCCCUGGGUGUGAUCCCGGCCCUCUUGAGUUUUCGGAUCAUCUCCGAUCCGAUUAGCAAGAAGAGCGACCUUACGACCAACUGA